UUCAACAAUGCUAACCCAAAUUGCUCAAAAACUAUGGAACCAAAGAAUCAUUGAAACCCCUUUGAAUAAUAAGAGAUUUUAUGGGGUAAUACCAAUGGUGAUAGAACAUUCUUCAAGAGGUGAAAGAGCAUAUGAUAUAUUCUCAAGACUCUUAAAGGAGAGAAUUGUUUGCAUAAAUGGCCCAAUUAAUGAUGCAACUUCACAUGUUGUUGUUGCUCAGCUUCUUUUUCUUGAAUCUGAGAAUCCAUCUAAGCCUAUUCACAUGUACCUUAAUUCCCCUGGUGGGGCUGUUACUGCUGGUCUUGCUAUCUAUGAUACAAUGCAGUACAUUCGAUCUCCGAUUAAUACUAUAUGCCUAGGUCAAGCAGCUUCAAUGGGAUCCCUUCUAUUAGCUGCGGGCGCAAAAGGUGAGAGACGAUCUCUCCCUAAUGCUUCGAUUAUGAUUCAUCAGCCUUCUGGUGGAUAUAGCGGGCAGGCUAAAGAUUUGACAAUCCACACUAAACAGAUUCUUCGUGUGUGGGAUACUUUGAACGAUUUAUAUGCAAAGCAUACGGGACAACCUAUUGAAACGAUUCAGAAGAAUAUGGAUAGGGAUUAUUUCAUGACACCGGAAGAGGCCAAGGAGUUUGGAAUAAUCGACGAGGUUAUAGAUGAAAGACCAAUGGCUUUAGUAACUGAUGCUAUUGGUAAUGAAGCCAAAGAAAAAGGAUCAAGUUAGAAUUUGCAGCAAGACUCACUCUACAUUGUCGUCUUUGUUAACGUUACCAUGCGCUAAUUUACUUUGAUGAGUUGAUAUCUCAUUACUUUGUUUUCCCAG